UUUCCUAAGGAAUUUCCGUGGGUUUGUAUGCCUCAUUCGUCACUUUAGAAGAUAAUACAACACAUGCUUCGAAAUGGGUGAUAAAACCAGAAGGAUUGGAGUUACCCCAAUUUUACUAGGCUUCCUAUUGCUAAUUGGCUUAGUUUGUGGCAUCUUCUAUCACUGUGACAUUCUUAUUAUCAGCGUAGAGCCGUGUGACCAGUGUUACAAUGGUGGAAAUUUGAGCCAGGAAACCAAGACAUGUACCUGUGCCGAGGGAUAUAGUGGUCAAUGCUGUGAGAUCAACACCGAGUGGAGUGAAUGGACGCCUUGUUCUAAGGUGUGUGGCCCAGGAAGUCAAUUUAGAAUUAAACAGAAUUUUUGCCCGAGUAACUUGCAAAACUGUUCUCAAACUAUGGAAGAAAGGGUUUGUAAUGUUCAUUGUUUUUAUGGGGGAACUCUAUCGAAUGUUAGCAACGAAUGUAUCUGUCUAAGUGGCUACGGCGGAGAGUUUUGCGAAUGUGAGAUACAGGACUGUGAAAUGACCCCGUGGAGCGAAUGGUCAACGUGUACUCGGACGUGUGGUCCUCAAGGAACGCGAUUCAGGACACGUAAUGUGAACAAGCAACCGACUUGCGGUGGAGCCCCGUGUUCCGAGAACAUAACCGAGACAGAGAAUUGUAAUAGGGAAUGUUACAACGGAAUUCUGGACUACAGUAGUGACCAAUGUAUCUGUCCAGCCGGAUACAACGGAGAGUGCUGUGAGUGUAAGAUCCAAGACUGUGUUAUGACCCCGUGGAGCGAUUGGUCAGCGUGCACGCACACGUGUGGGCCACUUGGAACAACAUUCAGAACUCGUGAUGUGGACAUUGCACCCACGUGUGGUGGAACCGAAUGUUCUAAAUUCAUGGAGAGAAAUGAGUGUAAUCGAGAAUGUUACAACAACGGAAUUCUAAGUUACCGAAGUGACAAAUGUGAGUGUCCAUCCGGAUAUAAUGGAGAGUGCUGUGAGUGCAAGAUCCAAGAUUGUGUUAUGACCUCGUGGAGUGAUUGGUCAGCUUGCUCCAAGACAUGUGGAUGGGAUGGAACACACUUCAGAACACGUGACGUGUACAAAGCACCCACGUGUGGUGGAACAGAAUGUCAUUGGUUCGUCGAUCAAGGGUCAUGUAACUAUGGGGUGACGUGUGACAGUGGCAGACACCCUCUGCACAUCCCCACUUUAUACCUGUCACUAUUUUUUUCCUAUAUGUAUAUAAAGCUUCAAGCUAGUAUUAUUCUUAUUCCUAGCAAAGAAAUUUCUUCUUUGGAGAUAAUGGAGUUUUCUUAUCCUGAAUCUGAUUUGAACUUCAAAAUGGAUUAUAAAAACAACUCCAGAAAAUUGAGGAUUGUGCUAAUUGUACUAGGCCUACUAUUCUUCCUACUAGUAGUAGUCGGUUUUAUAGUUUGUGGAGUCUACCACCAUGUCUAUGAAUGUCAUCAGUGGACUGAAUGGAUGCCUUGUUCUAAAGAUUGUGGCGCAGGUAUCCAGUAUAGAGUAAUGCUGAAAGAGAAUGACUAUGUUGACUUGGAAGAAAAAUGUUCUCUGAAAGCUAUCGAGGAAAGAGCUUGUAAUGUUCAGUGUUAUCAUGGAGGAAUGCCAUCAAAUUAUACUAAAGAAUGCAUUUGUGAAAGUGGCUACGGCGGAGAGUGUUGCGAAUGUGAGAUACAGGACUGUGAAAUGACCCCGUGGAGUCAGUGGUCAGCGUGCACUCGGGAGUGUGGUCCUCAAGGAACGCGAUUUAGAACACGUGAUGUGGCCAAGCAACCGACUUGCGGUGGAGCCCCGUGUUCUGAGAAAAUCUCCGAGAAAGAGAAUUGUAAUAGGGAAUGUUACAACAACGGAAAUUUGAGUAGUGACCAAUGUUUCUGUCCAGCCGGCUACAACGGAGAGUGCUGCGAGUGUAAGAUCCAAGAUUGUGUAAUGACCCCGUGGAGCGAUUGGUCAGCGUGCACGCACACGUGUGGGCCACUUGGAACAACAUUCAGAACGCGUGAUGUGGAGAUUGCACCCACGUGUGGUGGAACCGAAUGUUCUAAAUUCAUCGACAAAAACGAGUGUAAUAGAGAAUGUUACAACAAUGGAAGUCUGAGUAGUGACCAAUGUAUCUGUUCAGUCGGCUACAAUGGAGACUGCUGUGAGUGCAAGAUCCAAGGCUGUGUUAUGGCCCCGUGGAGCGAUUGGUCAGCGUGCACGCACACGUGUGGGCCACUUGGAACAACAUUCAGAACUCGUGAUGUGGACAUUGCACCCACGUGUGGUGGAACCGAAUGUUCUAAAUUCAUCGAGAGAAAUGAGUGUAAUCGAGAAUGUUACAACAACGGAAUUCUGGGUCACCGAAGUGACAAGUGUGAGUGUCCAUCCGGAUAUAAUGGAGAGUGCUGUGAGUGCAAGAUCCAAGAUUGUGUUAUGGCCCCGUGGAGCGAUUGGUCAGCGUGCACGCACACGUGUGGGCCACUUGGAACAACAUUCAGAACUCGUGAUGUGGACAUUGCGCCCACGUGUGGUGGAACCGAAUGUUCUAAAUUCAUCGAGAGAAAUGAGUGUAAUCGAGAAUGUUACAACAACGGAAUUCUAAGUUACCGAAGUGACAAAUGUGAGUGUCCAUCCGGAUAUAAUGGAGAGUGCUGUGAGUGCAAGAUCCAAGAUUGUGUUAUGACCUCGUGGAGUGAUUGGUCAGCUUGCUCCAAGACAUGUGGAUGGGAUGGAACACACUUCAGAACACGUGACGUGUACAAAGCACCCACGUGUGGUGGAACAGAAUGUUAUUGGUUCGUCGAUCAAGGGUCAUGUAACUAUGGGGUGACGUGUGACAGUGGCAGACACCUUCUGCACAUCCCCACUUUAUACCUGUCACUAUGUUUUUCCUAUAUGUAUAUAAAGCUUCAAUAAACACAUCUCUACAAUUUCAGAAUGUCAUAAGCCUACGUGAAAAUCGAUAUCAAAGAUAGCCUGUAUGUAACCAUAGGCCUAUAAGCCUAAAUAACCUCCCUCCAUCAAUAAAAUUGAUCAAUACAGAUUUAUAUUUACAAAUUACUAUACAAAGUAAAAUUAACCCUAAUAUAGGAAUAUGUAUAGAAGUACCUUAAAGGGGACUGUAAUCUCUUAUGAAUGAAAAAAAAACUGCAAUAUAAUAUUAGAGCCUACUAAUUUAUAUGCUAACACUUAAUGACAUUGGUGCAGGACUAGUGAUUUAGAUUAAUAUAGAUAGGAUUAUUUUCAGCGGCAGAUGUGUGACAUUUUAACGGUGCAUUCAAAUAUAAAAGGUAGGCCAAGAUAAGCUUAAUCACUUUUCUAAUUGACAAAACCCUUCAAAGCAGGGGUGGCUUUAUGAUUUGCACGAUGAAUUGUGGUUUUUCUCCCCUACAGGGGUGGGGAAUGGGGGGGGGGCAGCUCUCCCCGACGGGGCCCUGGCUCCCCGCCCCACCCCCGCUGGCUCCAACCCUACUCUAAAGAAUUAUAAACAUUAUCUACAUAAC